AUGCCUCAAUCUUCUUUCAAAUUUCUUUGUUUUAUACUUCUUGUUUUAACCCAACUUAGUUUUGGCUAUGGCUGGGGAUUUGACAAUGAAGAUUCUUGCCGGUAUUGGAGGGGAUGUGGAACCUUCUUUGGAUGGCCAGCUGACAAGCCCGGUUCUGGAGGUGGUGGUGGUGGAGGGAGCGGUAGUGGCGGAGGCAAUUCCGGAGAUGGGGUUGGGUUUGGCCAUGGUGAAGGUUAUGGAGCUGGGUUUGGUGUAGGUGGUAAUGGUGGAGGUGGAGGCGGCGGCGGCGGUGGGGGAGGUGGGUCUGGAGAAGGAUAUGGUCAUGGUAGUGGAUAUGGAGCUGGAGGCGGCGGGGUGACUGGUGGAGGCGCAGCAGGAGGAGGUGGUGGCGGUGGUGGUAGUGGUAGUGGUAGUGGUAACGGUGGAAAUGGUUUUGGCCAAGGAAUGGGAUUCGGUGCAGGGUUUGGAUUAGGCGGAGGAGGCGGUGGUGGAGGAGGUGGCGGUGGCGGCGGUGGGGGUGGCAAUUCUGUUUGGGGAGGGGAGGCGUAUGGACAUGGAAGUGGAUUUGGGGGAGGUGGAGGAGCUGGAGCUGGAGGAGGAGGUGGCGGCGGCGGUAGUGGAGGAGGAGGAACAAAUGGAGGAAAUGGCUAUGGCAGUGGUUUUGGAGGUGGCAUAGGUAGCGGAAGCAGCGGUGGUGGCGGGGGUGGAGGAGGAGGGAGAUCGAGUACAAACGGAGGAAGUAGUAAGGGUGAUGGUAGUGGUUUUGGGGGCGGAGUAGGAAACGGUGCGGGUGGCGGUGGUGGGGGCAGUGGCGGAGGGGGUGGAAUAAGUAGUUCAAAUGGAGGAUAUGGUAAAGGGGAGGGCAGUGGAUUCGGCGUCGGAGGAGGGAAUACAAAUAACUUUGGGGGCGGUGGUAAGGGAGGAGAAGGAAUGGGGAUGGGAUUUGGAAUGGGUUUUGGUAUGGGAAUUGGAUUUGGGAUGGGAAACAGUAAUAGUAAUAAUAAUGGAGCUGAUGAUUACAAAAAUGAUCAAACUAAAGCUAAAACCAAUGGUUCUCAACCCUAA